GAGUAGACAAAUUAAAUAGUUCAAAAUCAAACAAACUACCCAACACUUUUGUAUAUAAAUAGCACAGAAUCACACUGCCAUUGACAACUUUCUAGACACCUUGUUUAAUCACUCUUGGAUUCAUCAAAAUCAGUCAAGAUUCACAUAAAAACCAAUCAAGAUUCUUCUACAAGAGCUCGAGUCAAACUAUGCAGGCGAACAAGCGAUCAAAAUGGACGAAAGAACAGAACAAGUGGUUUGAAAGCGCUCUAGCGAUAUUCGAUACAGAAACUCCUGAUAGAUGGUCAAACGUUGCGGCUUUUGUUCCAGGGAAAUCUGAGUAUGAAGUUAGAGAACAAUAUGAGGCGUUAAAAGCCGAUAUCAAUAAUAUAGAGGCCGGUUUGGUUGAAGAUCCGGGCUACUUGACCGUUAAAUCCGAAUAUCUUCAAGAUCACGGGUUCAAAUCGUUUGCAAAUAGGCUUUACAGGUCAAGAUCAUUUGACCACGAAAGGCGAAAAGGUGUACCUUGGACCGAAGAUGAACACAGGCGAUUCUUGAUGGGUCUACAAGUUCAUGGCAAAGGAGAUUGGCGAAACAUUUCUCGCAACUUUGUGGUGACCAAAACGCCAACACAAGUGGCAAGUCAUGCACAAAAGUACUACGCAAGGCAACAUUCCGAAGGGAAAGAAAAGAGGAGACCGAGCAUCCACGACAUCACCACCGUCCACUUGGACAAAUCUUUACCGUUAGUCAACACACCAAACGACGAGAUGAUCAAUAUACGAGCGUACAAUUCUGGCCUGUAUUUCCAACCUACAAUUAGGUACCAAGUUCAAGGUUAGGUGACAAUGUGACAACCUAUGUUUGUGACUCAACCUAUGUUGUGACUUGUGUUGUAGUUGUCACUUGAAAUCAAUGUCUAAAUGAUUUGUACUCAUGUAUUGUGCACUUAAAAGACAAAUCUAAGUGGUUUGUUUAGGUUUUAUUUAUGAGCCAGAAUACGAACAUGAACACAGGUUUUGUACUGUUA